AUCAUUAGAUGAUCUUCAAGUGCACGCUCCAACAAUAUUCACUUCAGUCUUCAACACUUAUUCACUACCUAUAAUUGAGCUACAGGUACACCAUCUUGAAUUGAAACCACCCCAGAUCAGAUCACAAUCACAUUAGAUAUGGGUAUUCGUCUGCCAAUAUUCAUGGCUCUUCAUGCCAACAAGAUGUUCAAGUGGCAGCAGCAUCUCCAUAGUAGAAACCACUCGAAUGUUCCAAAGGGCCACAUAGCAGUGUAUGUUGGAGAGGCUCAAAAGAAAAGGUUUGUGGUUCCAAUAUCUUACUUGAACCAUCCUUCGUUUGUUGACUUGCUAAACCGAGCUGAGGAAGAGUUUGGCUACAAUCAUCCAAUGGGCGGUCUCACAAUCCCUUGUAAAGAAGAGGCAUUCAUCACUCUCACCUCUCAACUACGUGCCUCCUGAAGGAUCUAUCUAUCUUCAUUUUUCAGCCUGUACUCAAACAUUUGAGUGUUUUUCCUACUGACUCCACUCUUUGUAAUUAUAUUGACUGUUUGUGAGAGCAAAAUAGCCACUACCUAAUUUAACUAGUUCAGUUUUUGUAAUUUUGUAGAUUCUAAAAUUCAUUUCCUGUC